CCGACUGUGUGCACGAGGAGGAAGAAGCCCGCGUGUUGGUUAACCAUCAGCCACCUCCUCCGGCCUCCCGGCCCGACUCCAGAUUCUUCCAUAGUUCCACGUCUCCCUCCCUUCCCUUCCAGGCUUAGACUCACCAAAAUGGCGAAACCCUCCCAAUCCCGCUUCCUUCUCGCCGCCCUCCUCGCCGCGGCCUUCCUCCUCCUGCUCGCCCGCUCCGACGCCUCCAGGCCCACCCCCAACGCCACCGCGUACGACGAGCUCCGCCUCCGUGGCUUCCCGCGCGGCCUGCUCCCGGCCAACGUUCGCGGCUACACGCUCGAUGCCGGCUCGGGGGACUUCGCCGUAGACCUCGACUCCAGCUGCCGCAUCGUGCUGCCGGCGGGGAGCUACCUCGCCAACUUCAACGACCACCUCACCGGCCACCUCGACGACCGUCGCAUCUCCGGUCUCAGCGGCAUCCGCGUCAGGGCCUUCUUCCGCUGGUGGUCCAUCACCGGGAUCCGCGCCGAUGGAGACGAGCUCGUCUUCGAGGUGGGCUCCGUCUCCGCCAAGUUCCCCGCGCGCCACUUCAACGCCAGCCUCGAAUGCCCCGCCAAGGCCGACUCUUAGUAACAAGGAACUCUUGCGUGCCUUGAUGAUACUGGCAUAUCAUCAAGUCGCCUCGACGUGGAUCCCCAUGAUCGUUUUUAAUCUCUUCACUGCCUUUGUAAUUACCACUUGUGUACAAGACUACAAGUCUGGAUCCCUAAGCCACCACUACACUUUCAACACCAAGAAAGCCGGAUAAUGUAAAGGUUCUUAUUUUGCUCUUUUGCUGGAUGGCUCGUCGUAAUAAUCCUAGGAACUGGUAAUGUUUUUUUUAUUUUAGUUUGUAAUAUAUACAACUUCUGGUGUGGCGAGUAUACAACUUAACUUUUGUCUUUGUUA